ACGUCACUGCGACGUCGUUAUCGAUCGGAAAACCGCGUGUACGUUUUGGUUCUUCAAUCUGCAUAGUAGUUUUGGUAAAUAAAACCCCUAACGUGAACUAUUCGAGAGAACAUUUUUUGUUAUUAUGUAAAAAUCGAAACAAUUCCAUAUUUGUGAUGCUGAGUGUGGAUACGGAAGCUAUACUGGAAGAGCAGAUCCAGUAGGACUAGGAAUUUUUCCGAAUGCAGUUUAGCACAGGAGUAGAGAUGUGGAUGGUACGGGUUUGGCUAUGGCGCGCAGAAGGCAGCUAGCGGCGAGGGAGCCUCCCAGCCCCAGCAUGAUGCGCGCUAGAGAAUGAAGAAGCAAAACGUUCGGACGUUAUCUCUCAUCGUUUGUACGUUUACAUAUCUACUUGUCGGGGCAGCAGUUUUUGAUGCUCUCGAGUCUAAGACAGAGAAUCAAAGGAAGAUUGUUCUUCAAGAAAUCCAAGCAAUAGUUCGAAAAAAAUACAACAUAAGCAACGAAGAUUUUCGUAUCUUGGAAACGAUAGUGCUGAAAUCUGAACCACACAGGGCCGGGCAACAGUGGAAAUUCACAGGGGCCUUCUACUACGCUACCACGGUGCUCACAACCAUUGGCUACGGUCAUUCCACUCCAGCCACAGUAGGUGGAAAACUCUUCACUAUGUUUUAUGCAAUGGUGGGGAUUCCUCUUGGCCUCGUCAUGUUCCAAAGCAUUGGAGAAAGAGUCAAUAAACUUAGCAGCGUCAUCAUCAGAUCUGUAAAGUCUUCUUUACACUGCCGUCAAACGAACGCUUCCGAGUUGGACCUCAUAUGUGUUGUGACAACGUUGAGCUCACUGACAAUAGCUGGAGGAGCAGCAGCUUUUUCAAGAUAUGAAGGAUGGAGUUACUUCGACUCCGUUUACUAUUGCUUUAUUACUCUAACAACGAUAGGAUUCGGCGAUAUGGUGGCACUACAGAAAGAUAACGCUUUGAGUAAAAAGCCUGAAUAUGUAAUGUUCGCCCUUAUAUUUAUACUUUUCGGAUUGGCCAUUGUAGCAGCUUCUCUGAAUUUACUCGUUCUUCGUUUCGUUACCAUGAAUACGGAGGACGAAAGGAGAGAUGAAGCUCAAGCUAUGCAAGCUCUAGCGGGUGCUGUCCAUUUGGAGGGCGAUGUCAUCACGGCCAAUGGCUCAAUUCUCAGCGGUCAGUUUGGCCACCAUUGUACAGAAACCACUUCCUUAGAAAUAGAAGAAACUUCCGUUUGUUCCUGUCAUUGUGGAUGUUUCGCACCGAGAACGAAAAACAGAUUUUCGAUGAAAAGAUCUCCAACGCAAGUGCGACAUCUACUUCCGGUAUUGCCAAUGCACGAGUUGCACCUUCCCCAAGGAACAGUGGUGCCCCCACCAGCCAUAUAUCCGAAUCAUAGGGCCUCUAUUUGACUCAAAAGUGCUUUCAUUCUAGUGGAACAUUCGUGAUAUUGUGAUAAGAAGAUGAGACCCUUCGGCUCAGGAUUAGUAUUUUAAUAUGAACACGAAAUUUUUUUACAAUACGAUACAGCCGGUUAUAUAACUCAAACAUUCAUUUUAUAACAUACGAUUGAAAAAUAAAUACCAGGGUAUUCAAAGUGUGACUUUGAACUUAUAAGGGUAAUCCGUAGAAUUUCUGGUAACUUCCUUCGCGAUGAUUCAUAUCAAAAUGUUACAUCUGAAAAGGAAUGAACUGAUUAAUUAAAAUUGGAAAGAAUCUUGCAUAGAUAAGACUAUAUUGUCUUUAUUAUGGCUGUGUUUUAUCAUGUUCACUUCAUAUUCAUAUACACGCUAGAUGAGUUUAGAGUUCUAAAUGUUCAAUCAUCAAUUAAAAAUACUGCGUAAUUUUCAAAAUGAUUUACGAUUUCCUUGUGUUCGAAAAAUUUCCUAAAUUCAAAUAUUAUUCAAUAACUGGUGAAACAAAAAAAAAAUAGAGCGUUCAACCUCUUAGGAUUCGAGCCUGUGGCCGCCAGAUUGGUAAGACUGGGAUGAGAAACUUGGUUGUGAUGCUAAUAAUAUCAAAAAUAUAUUCAAAGGGGUGCUUGGAAAAAUUCGUAACUCCUAAAAUGAAUGAGUGGUAAUAAAAAGUUUUUUUUUAGUACUAAUUCUACUAAUAGUAUUACACGUUAGAAAUUUCAUGAUUCUGCGAAGUCAAUUUCUGUAAAUACGAAUUUUUCAAAAUUUGAUAUUGCAAUAAAUAAAAUGAGGAAAUAUUCAGAAAAGAUGAGGAAAGAUCUCAGUGUUCGUAUACAACUUCACUUUUAAUUUU